UUCUUCUCUUCCUUCUAUUAUCAUUCAUGGCCAAUUAUCAGAUGGCACAGAAACACAUGAAAGCAAUGCAUGAAACACACACCCAAAUCCCCUACAAAUCUCCCUACAAAUAAUUAUAUAUCCACUUAAUUACUUAACCCACCCACCCACCUCCCAACACAAAGCACACAAAUAAAAGCACUCCCACCAAUCUCAACAUCACCUGAAUCCCCAAAAUCCCUAGAGCUAGAUCUCAACACAAUCCAUCAUCUAAUCAAUGAUGGGGAGGGGAAACAAUAUUGAGAAUAACAAUAAUAACACUACUAUCCUCUACUCCUCUUCAAUUGCUUUACUUCAAGAGAGAUUCAGGCAACUCCAGAAGGUGAAGGAGAUGAGGGAGGAGAGAGAGCUCCGACGAGCGUCGACCGUCGCUGCUUCUACCGCCGCCGCCGCUGCCGGCGGCGAACGCCAGCCGGGGUGGUUCUUCCACCCCGAUCUGGUUCAGCCUUUGAGGCCUUCAGACGGUCCGAUGUAUCGGGGACUUAGCAGUACGGAUGACGAUCGUGCAGAAUUCUCGGCUCUCGAGACGUCGUCGCUCCCGGUCGGCUUUCGGCCAACUAAGCCUGCACAUGCUGUGAGCAGCCAUGAUCUAAGAAACUGUACUGGGAAAGAUGUGGAUACUUCUCUUCACCUGUAAUCAGAAUCUUGAUCAUUAAGAGUUUGUAAUCUUUUAAACUUAGUUUUCUUGGUUUUGUUCUUUUUUUGUUUUCUUUACAAUAUUAUUUUGGGUCUUCUCUUUAAUUGUCUUUUGAUAGUACAAGAAUUAGAUAGUAAAAAUGUACAACUAAGUUACUAUUAUAA